AUGACGCGCAUGCUCAAGAUAAGUCCGAAAAGAAGGCGGAGGACAAGGGGAAGCGAGUAUGGUAGAAGCGAGCCCGGGCCGACUGACGACGGCACCAUCGACGCCAAGGACGAUCCUGGGCGAGGGAGCGUGAGUCUUGCAGAUCCGUCGGCGGAGAGAGAGGGUUCAGCGCCAAGGGGAAAUCACGGUGACGCUCCGACAAGCGAGCAUGACGCCAUCCAGGAGUCCGAGGCGGAAGCAUCGCAGCAGCGUCUGACGCUGCUCCGACCGACCGUGGUCGAAGUAUCUGAUGCCGUGGUCGAGAAGGACAACGAUGGGGAGAAAAAUUCAAUGGAGGAGGAACACGGCAUCGCCGACGUCGGCCGUCGCAGUCACGAUGAUGCCGCUAGUGGCUCUCCUCUUUCAGGCGCCAAGGAAGCAAGUGGCAAGUCGACGGGUGCUGCAUUGCGCCAGAAGGGCCGACGUGGAGCGUGGAAGAAAUCUGGCGGAAGAAGGGGCAAGCAAGCAGCGAGGGGGAAGAGGCCGAAAAACUGCGAAGAAGACGCUGAGAAUGCAGAGGAGGAUGAGGGGGAUGAGGAGGAGGAGGAGGAGGAGGAGGAGGAGGAGGAGGAGGAGGAGGAGGAGGAGGAGGAGGAGGAGGAGGAGGAAGUGGAGGAGGAGGAGGAGGAGGAGGAGGAGGAGGAGGAGGAGGAGGAGGAGGAGGAGGAGGAGGAGGAGGAGGCGGCGGCGGAGGAGGAGGAUGCAGAGGUGGGGGGGGAGGCAAAAAAUGAGGGGGAUGAUGAGGAGGAGGAUGAGGAGGGGGACGAGGAGGAGGAGGAGGAGGAGGAGGAGGAGGAGGAGGAGGAGGAGGAGGAGGAGGAGGAGGUGGAGGAGGAGGAGGAGGAGGAGGAGGAGGAGGAGGAGGAGGAGGAGGAGGAGGAGGAGGAGGUGGAGGAGGAGGAGGAGGAGGAGGAGGAGGAGGAGGAGGAGGAGGAGGAGGAGGAGGAGGAGGAGGAGGAGGAGGAAGGGGCGGAAGAGGAAGAGGAGGAGGAUGUGGCGGCAGAUAAGGUCCCAGGAGCGUGA